AUGGGUAUGCAACCACUAUACGUCCCACAAGAGGGAAGAUUCGUUGCUCCUCCAAUAAUCAUUAACUCACAGUUAGGGAAAGGGAAAACACCACUCCGCGUUAUUUUGGAACUCCGUUGGGAGAUUGAAUUUAGAGCCCACUUUAAACACCAAAUUUACUUCAUUUUCAAUAAUAAGUUAGUGGAGUUUGAUUCAGAUAAAGCUAAAGCAUUGGUUUUCGUUAUAUGUCAGUUAUUCAACAUUAUGACCAGAGAACCCUUCCCUUUGGCUAGUCGCACAUUAAACUACAGGGGAGGUCAUCUCCUUGGUCUGAAACCCACCAUAUUGUACGGUCUUUUGGGUAAAUUACGAACUACAUUUGGGUGGGAUUACUCACAUAUGAAUCUCUUUAAAGAAGGAAAAGCAGUUGUCUACUCAAACAUCAUCAACCCAAAAGUUUUUCCAUUAAAUAAUCACGGCAUACAAUACUUACCACAAAAAAUCACUACCGAGGUUACAAUUUUGAUUCUUGAAAAGAGUACCGUACCUUUGGCCCUUUACUUAGAGGAAGGUUUCAAACAACCUUAUAUCCUCUUGGAGUGUAAGGGAAAUGCCAGUGGAGGUGCUUUGAAAUUUGUUUCGGAUAUACAAAANCUCUUGGAGUGUAAGGGAAAUGCCAGUGGAGGUGCUUUGAAAUUUGUUUCGGAUAUACAAAAGAAUGUGGAAACACAUUUAUUGUUUUUGGCUGAUUUUGACCUGAGUGGUUUGAAUAGCUACAAGAUUUGGAAACAAAAAACAAGUACAAUAAAGUACCUUAAAAUCAAUGAUCCAACAUUUGUGGCAUCCGAUGACUUCAUAUUACCAGAAGAUGAGAAGACCAAAUUGGAAAAUAUUUGUCAAUCAGAAGAAGACUUCCCCCAGUUCAUCAAAGAUUAUGCAGAGCAAAUUCAUAAUUCUGGGGUUCGUGUUCAUNAGAAGAUGAGAAGACCAAAUUGGAAAAUAUUUGUCAAUCAGAAGAAGACUUCCCCCAGUUCAUCAAAGAUUAUGCAGAGCAAAUUCAUAAUUCUGGGGUUCGUGUUCAUCUUGAAAAGUACGCCAAUCUUUGUUCUCGAGUGA